UGGGUGCAGUGUGUUCCGUAGCCUCACUCGGAGUCCCUUUGCGAGGCUUCUAGGAAGGUGCUGCUGCGUCGUUACAAAGGGGUUGAGAUUCAGGACAAGUUGAUCACAUCCCUGAUUUCAGCUCCCCCGGCUGAUAAGCAAAAGGAGCCUCAGGACUCUUGAAAUCAUGGAAAAGCACAGCAUGCAAACAGGGACUCCUCACCCAGGGACACAUUUUCCAGCUGGGUAUGGCCCUCAGUAUCCUCCAGCAGCAUUCCAAGGACCUCCAGAACAGAAUGGCUACCUCAUGCCCCAGUCUGGCUACCAAGGGCCCCAGGGUCCCUAUCCAGUACCCCAGGCUGGCUACCCAGUCCCACCCGGAGGUUAUGCAGGUGCUGGUCCAGGUGGCUUUCCUGUCCAAAAUCAGCCAGCAUACAAUCAUCCAGGUGGGCCUGGAGCGACCCCGUGGAUGCCAGCACCACCUCCUCCACUGAACUGUCCACCUGGGUUGGAAUACUUAACUCAGAUAGAUCAGAUUCUGGUUCAUCAGCAAAUUGAGCUUCUGGAAGUUUUAAUAGGCUUUGAAACAAAUAACAAAUAUGAAAUCAAGAACAGCCUUGGGCAGAGAGUUUACUUUGCAGUGGAAGAUACUGACUGCUGCACUCGAAACUGUUGUGGAGCAUCUAGACCUUUCACCUUGAGGAUCCUGGAUAAUCUGGGCCGAGAAGUCAUGACUCUGCAGAGACCCCUGAGAUGCAGUAGCUGUUUCUUUCCCUGCUGCCUCCAGGAGAUAGAAAUCCAGGCUCCUCCUGGUGUGCCGGUAGGGUAUGUGACUCAGACAUGGCAUCCUUGUCUGCCAAAAUUCACUCUUCAAAAUGAGAAGAAGGAGGAUGUUCUAAAAGUUGUUGGUCCAUGUGUUGCAUGCAGCUGCUGUACAGACAUUGACUUUGAGCUCAAGUCUUUAGAUGAAGAAUCUGUAGUUGGCAAAAUUUCCAAGCAGUGGUCUGGUUUAGUGAAAGAGGCCUUCACAGAUGCAGAUAACUUUGGGAUCCAGUUCCCACUGGACCUUGAUGUGAAGAUGAAGGCUGUGAUGCUUGGGGCGUGUUUCCUCAUAGAUUUCAUGUUUUUUGAAAGAACUGGAAACGAGGACCAAAGAGCAGGAGUAUGGCAGUAGUUCCUUGAGCUUCCACAAGAGACUUAAGGAUACAUUCUGAGGGACACUAUCUAAAAGGAAGACACACGGCUCUUCCUUUACUGGAACAACUGUGCCGAUCAACCUAUGAUGCCUAUACCUCCUGUUGUACAACUGUGCUUUGAAAUUAUAGUUUAUGUUCAGUACUUUUUAUACAUCCCUAAAGUGUUCACUGUGAAGUAGUGAGAAAAUAUAUGAAAUUUUACACAUAGAAAUGACAUUGUCUAAGAAAAAUGCUUUGGAUCACAACCUUUGAUUCAUUUUUCACUUUAUAAAAAUUUAAAUAUUGUAAUUUAAUGUGAAAUUACACAUAAACGUAAUUAUAAUUUACACAAAAGACCUAUGUUAUCUUAUAAAUACUAUCUAUUUAAAACCUUUAAAAUAUGAUCCUGUUUCCUUUACCUUAGGGUUAAUUAUUACCCAAUAUAGUCAUUAGUAAGGAAACAGUAAAUGGGUUUUUGUUCUCUCUUUAGAAAAUCAGUAUAGUUAUGUCAGUCUACUUAUAUACUUUUUAUACUAAUAACAUAUUUAUAACAUAAUAAUAUAAUAUAGUUAAAUAUAUUAUAUUAUAAUGGUACUGUGUAUGUGUGUGUGUGUGUGUGUGUGCGCGCGUGCUUUUGUGACAGGGUCUCAAGGUGUAGCCCUGGCUAGCCUGGACCUUGUUAUAGAGAUCUGGCUCUUUGAACUCACAGAGAUCCUCCUGCUUCUUCCCUGAGUGCUGGGAUUAAAGGCUUGUGCCAUCAUACUCCACCUGAUAAGACUUGUAUUGACAACUUUUAAGUGAAUAAAGGAAGUCAUGAUUUUCUACUAAAGGAAGACUCAUUUUAAAAACUCAAAAAUUUUCUGGUGGCACAUGAAAUGUUUAGCUCUUGUAAUUCUAGUAAUUCUAGAAUAAUCAGUUACUGCUCAGAUGUUAAGUAAAUGGAACAUAUGUAAACUUCAUCAAUUAUUGACUACAACUACAGUUGAAUACCUCAAAUAAAAACCUACAUAUCUAUUUUUAAGUUGUUGUUGGAAGGUGGACCCCCUAAUGGUAGUGCUACUGGCAAUGCUCUAAACAGCACUCUGGACUCAGCUGAGGCUGAACUCUGACCGGGUAAACAGAAGGAUUGCUAGUGGGUACACCAAAAACCGGAAGGCCCCAUUCCUUAGCAAUCUUGUGACCGGCAUGCAUUUUGCUUGACAGGAAAAGCAAUUACUUCGCUUACCCACCCCUUCAGUGAUCAUAUAGUUCCUAAUUAAAGCGAAGGAGCCUGUAAAUGGUCAAAGUCCCCAUCAAGUUCCUAGGCUGUUAGGUUUCCCUUGCCUCUCUGCCUGUUUUACCUCCCAGGCUGUUCUGCCUCGCAUGCCUCCCCCUGCUGCGACCUUUGCCCUUAAACUGGCAAGGCUCUUUCUGCCAUUUGCUAUUCUAAUUACCCAGAGACAGAUCCAUCGUUGAUUCUUAAAUAGACCUUUUACCUAUCCACAGAGGGAUCUAGUUGCAUGGUUUUACAGCACCCCAAAUAACAGUUUUCCCCAUCUCUGGGGAACCCAGGGCCUUUUGGAGAGCUAGGCCCUCUACCAAUUCAAUUACAUCCUUAACUAUGGCUUUUAUUUUUAAAUGGAAUAUGGUCUGUCUUUAGUUAAGGGCACAACUUACUCUUUAUGGAAUAAAAUCUCUAUCAUUGCUAUAGACUAGUGUUACCAUAUAGGGCUCUUGAUGGUGUUCAUUUACUAUUCCAGUUAAAGAAUUAACAGUCAGGGAAAAUCUCAAGCUUGAGAGGUAACCAUGGAGAAAGCUCAAACACAGCAAACAGAAUGGGCAUUUGAAGAGAGGCUGUUACUGGGAGUGAGAAAACAGGGUUGGAACAAACAGAGGAAAAGACCCUCCAUAAAGCACAGGGGGAAGUCAGGAAGCCAAAAACCCACUCUCUUCUCGAGGGCUGCGUUUUUAAGUCUCUGAAGAGUCUUCCUCCCCUAAUUAAGAGUUCAGUUUGAAGACAGACAAGGAGGACAGAUUGGCCCAUAACUGCUCUAUAAAUAAGUCCUGACCAGGUUUUGAACCUGUUCAGCAAAUUCAGCAGGGGACCUAAGAACAGUGUGAAUCCCACCAGUGGAGAAUAAGACCACUACCAUAAUUGAAAACCAAAUUUGAAACAAGCUUUAAUUAGAUACUGGCCAGGUGGAUAGGCUCUGGCCAUGUUCAUGCCUGGUUUUCCAGAAAAAAAAAAAUGGCCACUGUUUGCACUGUUGGCAGUGGUUUAAGUAUUGCCUGUCAGGUCCAAUCAGGGACAAGCGUCCAUCCUGAAUAUGUCCUGACUGUAAACCUCCCACCCACAUGGGAUAAAGCGCAUCGAGUGUCAAACAAACUUGUUUAGUAGAAACAUGUGGUUUGUUAUCUCCCAUGAACAAUAGCCUCUAACAUUUCAGGCACUGUCCAUGGGCAAGGGAAUUGCUUGCAGAUCAGAGAGGAAUCUUUCUGUUUCAUGGAUGUCUAAGGUGUGGUAGUUAAAACUUAAAAAUGCCACUUUGGCUCUGACAAUAAGAGAAAAAGGUCACUAGACCCUUGUUUUAAGCUGCCAGCUUUUUGUCUUGGGUCAGGAGGGUGAAGUUGAAAACAGCCCUUUGGAAGUUUGCUAUCUUUACUAUGUAGCCAUGUCCUCACUUCCUCUCUGCCUAUCAGGGAAUCUAACUCCUAGUCCCUCUCUAGAAUUUUUAUCUGUUAAGAAUUCUGUAGUCAUUUAGCAGGGAGGAGUAAAGGGAGAUAGGAAAAAUGAACUUAAGAAAUAUGAUCUGUGAUGGUUAAAGUUAUGUUUAAAGUUUGUACUUACUAAUGUUGAGAGAUCAAUAAAGUGAAACAAUGUCUCUAA